GCGUUCAAGUCAGCUGAAUCCCGGUGUGAUCUACUAACUAAUCACUAGAAACGUCAUCUAGAAAAUUCAAUUCAUUCAGAACAUUAUCCUUUAAAUCCUGCAGUUUACGCGUUGUGUAUUUCAUAACAGAGAUUUUCAUUCAUUUAACUGCACAUUCACUGAGGAUUUUAAUAACUUUAAGUAUUGUGGGUCAAUUUAAAUCUUCUCCAUAAUGUAUAUACUUGUUCUUCAGUCAUUGGGACUAGACAAAAAGUGCGGAUAAUAAGUGACCAGUUGCCAAUGUUUAGAUACGGAAUUAAUUAAAACAAGGGGGCAUUAAACAACUUAUUUAGUACAAUAAUUGACGUCGGCUUACGACCCAAUUUUCUUGUUUCAAUCAAUGUUCAUCGGUGCGAUCACUUUGUGAGAAGUGCACGCACUUCCGGUUCUAGAGAUGGACGUGAAAGGUGCGUGCGGAUGAGAUUCAGUGACUCUGGGUUAAGAUGAAAGAAAAUAGGGUGCAGAGAGACUUAAAAGACGAACUUGAAGAUUAUCAAUACUAAAAAUAAUUUAGAGCAACGAAAUAACAGGCCCUGUAUAUAUGUUUUAAAGACAAAAAUGUAAAAACACUGACAACCAUACUAGAAAGACUAAUAAUUACAACAAAUUUACCUAAAAGAGGAAAGCUAAAGUGCACAACUUGUUAUAGUGAUCUCUGGACUAUUUAACUUGAAACUGGAAAUUGUGAAAGAGCUUUUGUUUCGUGUAAAAAGUGAAUGAGUCCUGAAAAGAAGUUUUAAAUCCUGGAGUUUAUAUCCAAACAAAAAAGUGAAUUCCUUACGAAAGGAUAAAACCUUCUUUGCACGUUACCCACUUCCUGUUGCAGUGAAAAGGUGCAUUUGCAACGACCACAAGGUUCCGCAACGUAAACUAGAGGUCGACGGAAUCAAAUUUUUGCAGCAAUAAUUUUUGAAGUCCCAGCAUGUUGAUUCUUCCAAACAUUCGACUGCAGGGUUCGGACCCGAGAGUCGCGACGUGCAGGGGAAAGUUACAGAACAAAAGGAGUAAACUCAACCAGGAAAUCAACAAGGAACUCCGACUUCGAGCCGGUGCCGAAAAUCUUUUCAAAGCGACAACCAACAGAAAAUUGAAGGAGACAGUUGCGUUGGAGUUGAGUUUUGUCAACUCGAAUCUGCAGCUGCUCAAAGAACAACUUGCAGAACUGAAUAGUUCAGUCGAGUUGUACCAAAAUGGGGACACUGAAGAUCCUAUUAUGCCCAUGAUACCACUAGGCCUGAAAGAGACCAAAGAUAUCGACUUUAGAGAUCCCUUUAAAGAUUUUAUUCUAGAACACUAUAGUGAAGAUGGCGGAAAUUACGAAGAGGCCAUUGCAGAACUUAUGGAGACGAGACAGGCGACGAGAACACCAACGAGAGACGCGGCAGGAAUUGCAUUACUCCUACGUUACUACAAUCAACUCUACUUUAUCGAAAGGCGUUUUUUUCCCCCGGACAGAAGCCUAGGUAUUUACUUUGAAUGGUUCGAUUCCCUAACAGGAGUGCCGAGUUGUCAGAGGACAGUCGCGUUCGAAAAAGCGUCGAUCCUAUUCAAUGCAGGCGCUCUGUACACUCAAUUAGGUGCCAAGCAAGACAGACGUACAGCUAGAGGAUUGGAUCAGGCAGUUGAUGCAUUCCUCAGAGCAGCAGGGACCUUCAGAUACAUCCAUGAGAAUUUUACGAAUGCACCCAGUAUGGACCUGGGACCAGACAUGCUGGACAUGCUGGUUCAGUUGAUGCUGGCUCAAGCGAGGGAGUGCCUUUUCGAGAAGCUUGAACUUCAAUCCAGGGAUUCAAGAAAUAUUGAUGUCUCUUUGGACCUUGCUCAAGAAGCUGCACAGGUGUCGACUGUUUACAGUGAUGUUCAUGGAUUAAUAACAAGAGAACCCGUUCGAGAUUACGUUCCGGAGUCGUGGGUCUCUUUAAUUCUCGUAAAACGUGAACAUCAUUUGGCUCUGGCACACAAACACUGUGCUGCGGCUCUCCUGGAUAUUCCAUUAUCUGAGUUUCGCCCAGAAGCGAAACUCAUUCUGGAACGCAUUCAGGAAAGUGACGGAAAAACACAAAUUGACGUCACCGUUCCGAAAGAUGAUAACGAACGAAAAUCAUUAGGACGGGCGCAUCUGAGGGAAGCAUUGGUACUUCAUGAAGAGAGUCAAAGAUUACAGAGAAUGUGCAGAGAACUCAAAGGAAAACAAAGUUUGGCGAAGGUAUUAAAGAAAUCUCAAGAUUCCACCCUUGAGGUUUACAAUCGGGCCGGAGACGAGGAUGAAUACCGGGAAUUGCUGGAUCCUCCUCAUAUAAUUGCCUCAACCAAAUUUCAACUGAGUCUCACUCAUCCAGAUUUCGGUCAGCAUGGUGUGGACGACCUUUUUAGAUCCUUGGGUCCAGUGGCAAUUUUUUCCGCAAAAAGGCACUGGACUGCGCCAAGACUGAUCCAACUUCAAAGAGGACCGGGAGGCGAAGGAUUUGGCUUUAGUGUGCGAGGCGAUGCUCCUGUUAUUAUCGCUGCUGUUGACCACAAUUCACUUGCAGAUUUGGGAGGAAUGAAAGAAGGAGACUUCAUCGUUAGUAUCGGCGAUAAAGAUGUCAAAUGGGCUUCUCACGAUCAGGUUGUACGGCUCAUCAAACAGUGCGGGGACUCCAUAAGUUUAAAGUUGGUAACCCCCAUGGAUAGAAAUUAUUUAAAGAAACCAGUAAAGACGAGCCAUCAUGACAAAGGAAGUGUGUCAGCAAGCAGUUCCUCGGGCGUUUCUUCCGGUCAACCAAGUCCUGCAGGAUCAGUUACAACAGCCCACGUAGCCAAAAGACUUCCUUGGAAUCCGUUCAAAAAAUCGAAUGGCCAACGUGACAGUAGAGACCUCACAUUUGAUAACGUUAUCCUCAGAUGAUUUCAGUAUCCCGAAGGCAUUGAUUUUCGAGGAAGUGGCACUGAUACUGUAAAAGCUCAAAACUACAUGCAACUUAUCUACAUACUUUUAUUUUCAAAAGUAUACGAGAAACUUUUCUGUAAAAAAUUGAAAUCUGUAAUAUCGAAACACAAAUUUCAAAUUACAUCUUAAGAUUCUGAGAAAGGUUUCAUACCAUUAUUAAACAAAAAUUGCAACUUGUCCAUAGUGCACUGAAAUAAUAAUAUCGGAAAGUGGAAAUCGACGUGUGUAAAUAUGGAGGAAAACGUCAGAAAUGGCCUCCACUGUCAAUCGUUGCCAAAUUGUAAGUAAACUUGAGAGCAUGGAUGAAAUGUCUGUUAGAUUUAAAUUUUUAGAAUAUUGUACGUAUGUAUAUGUAUAAAUAUUGGUGAAAGCAACAAGUGUAUUUGUCGCGAGUUUGGAGAAACAAAAACCAUACUUACAGCCAUAAAUUAUUGCCUGACGCAUAUUAUUUUCUUCCUUCCAUGGUUAUUCGUUAUUGUUAUUGCUAAUGUUAAUGUCUUAUGCUAAUGUUAAUUUCGUCGAAGUUCGUGUAUGGAAUGCCUUCAAUGCAAGAAAGCCUUUCAAAUAAAAUCGCGACUUGAUCCGUAGAAUGUUUAGCUCUACUAACUUGAAAUCCUUUUGGAUAAUUGCCAUAUUAAUUUCUUAUAUAUCCGAAUGAUAUGUUCCACUUUUCUGUUAAUGUAAUUCUUCCAACAUAAUUCAUUGGGCACACAUUAAGUUGAUGUCUCCCUGUUAAAGGAACCUCUCUCUGAAUUAUCUGAAAACCUUGAUCUCUCUGAAUUCCUUGGAAUCCUUGAAUUCUCUACAUAUCUUUACUUUUCCAAAUUCAUUCUCUGAAUUUCCUGAAUUUAGGAAAUUUAUGUAAUUUAGAGAAUUUAGAAGAAUUCAGAAGCUUUCCAGGAAGUUAGAAUAAUUCAAAAUAAUUUGAAAAAGUUUAAAAGACAAAUUUUUCUUUCAUAAAUGUAUAAGAUGAUAAAAAUUGGUUGAAAAGAUUAUUAUUGGCAAUAGCCAUUCCUGAACGUUGCGUCUGGUCGUUUUAGACGUUUAUUCCAAAAGAGGUUCUUUCAACAGGGAUGUAUCGACAUAAAAAUAACUUUAUCCGGAAUCAAUUUUUCUUCUAUAUUUUUCUAUAUUUUGUUAUAACUGUGUUUUCAUUGUAAUUAUCAAAAUCUUUGCAGCGCAGUAACGAAUUUUCGAGUGUGAGGACGUGUUUCCGUAUGUGUGCAAUAUAUUUGAUAAUACGUCAAAGUAGGAUGUAAUGUUAAGUGCCAAUACUUGUGUACUUGUGAGCAAAUAGUACACAAGUUUAUUUCUAGAAUCAAGGGAGAAAUACUUUCAAGUUUUCAAAUCUUGGAGUCAAAAUAUUUUUUGAAGCAAGAUUAUUUUUACAUCACGUGAUUGAAACGUAAGUCCGCGAACAAAGUUAUGUAUGUGUGUAGAUAAAGUAUUUUUGUCAAAAGGGUUGAAUGCAUUUAAAAGGAAAAUUUCAUGUUCAAUUCAUCGAUAUUUGUUCAAUAUUUUUUAAUGGCAAUCCCUUUAUACACUUCUCCGUAUGUAAAUAUUAAUAUCCAGUAUCAUAUUCAUGUAUUUUUGGUUAAUAACAAUCACAGGCGAGCGACUUUUAUGCGGAAUUUAAAACUCGGUGAUUGGUAUCGUGGUGCAGUUUUUACUGAAUUUAACAGGUACAAUUAUGUUUGGCUGAUAUAUAUACAUGUUUAAUUUAUUUUGUACAUUCCGUUUUUGUAUUUUGGAACGCAGUUUAAUGAUAAUUACUUUGGGCCCUUGUACUUAGCGAUGUUCGUAUACAUAAAUAUGUCUUAUAUUGUAUAUGUUCUAAUAUAAGUAACUGUUAAACUGUAUUGAUUAAAAAAAAACACACACAAAAAAA